AUUGGAAUUAAUCUCUUAAAUUUCUUUCUUCCCGAUCGAGCCAUCCACCUUUGAUUUUUGCAUGCCAUGAAGCAGCCUCCGGCGACGACCGCCAUUAUCGUGCUCCUCUGCGUCUCGCUCGCCAUGGCUGCCGCAUCGGCGGCGGCGGAUCAAGGGGCGGAGACGUACCUGGUGUUCGUGGACGCGCCGCCGCCCGGCGUCCCCUCCAGGCCUUACCACCUCGGUAUCCUCACCGCCGCCCUCGGCAGCGAGGAGAAGGCGAAGGCGGCGAUCAUAUACAACUACCGGAACGUCGUCAGCGGGUUCUCCGCCAGGGUCACGCCGCCGGAGCUGGAGGCCAUCAAGAAGCAGCCGCAGGUGAACCGGGUGCUGCCGAGCGCGACAUUGCAUCUCAUGAGCACCGACUUCGACGACGUCAGCUGAAGAUUAUUAAUUAAGCUCUCGAUCAUUAAUUAAUUUCCUAAUUCCUGCAUGCAUGGGCACAUACUACGCACGUACGUACGUAUUAAUUCUGGAGAAUAGAUGAUGGCAUGGAUGCAUGCACGAUAUUGCUUAAGUUGGACGAGAUGUGAUCCAAACAAGGACCUCUGUGUUUAACUAUGUAUAUAUAUGACGAUUGUUCUGGCAAGUAAUCGGGGUCUGAAUAAUUCGAAGCGUUUUUCC